GCGGCGGACGCAGGCGGCUGCAGCGGGCUCACCUGCGACAGGUGCUCGCCUGCGACAGGACCACGCGCGCCGGUACGAGGCGGGACGUCGCGGGCGGGAAGAUGCUGCGCGAGCGGACCGUGCGGCUGCAGUACGGGAGCCGCGUGGAGGCGGUGUACGUGCUGGGCACGCAGCUCUGGACCGACGUCUACAGUGCGGCCCCAGCCGGGGCCCAAACCUUCAGCCUGAAGCACUCGGAGGACGUGUGGGUGGAGGUGGUCCGCGACGGGGAGGCUGAGGAGGUGGCCACCAACGGCAAGCAGCGCUGGGCCCUCUCGCCCAGCACCACACUGCGGCUCACCAUGAGCAAGGCCAGCACCGAGGCCAGCAACGACAAGGUCACCGUCAACUACUACGACGAGGAGGGCAACGCCCCCAUCGACCAGGCUGGGCUCUUCCUCACGGCCAUUGAGAUCUCCCUGGACGUGGAUGCGGACCGGGAUGGCGAGGUGGAGAAGAACAACCCAAAGAAGGCGUCCUGGACCUGGGGCCCCGAAGGCCAGGGGGCCAUACUGCUGGUGAACUGUGACCGAGACACACCCUGGCUGCCCAAGGAGGACAGCAACGACGAGAAGGUCUACAGCAAGGAAGACCUCAAGGACAUGUCCCAGAUGAUCCUGAGGACCAAGGGUCCCGACCGCCUGCCAGCUGGAUACGAAAUAGUCCUCUACAUCUCCGUGUCGGACUCGGAUAAAGUGGGCGUGUUCUACGUGGAGAACCCGUUCUUCGGCCAGCGCUACAUCCACAUCCUGGGCCGGCGGAAGCUCUUCCACGUGGUCAAGUACACGGGCGGCUCCGCGGAGCUGCUGUUCUUCGUCGAAGGCCUCCGGUUCCCGGACGAGAGCUUCUCGGGCCUGGUGUCGAUCCACGUCAGCCUGCUGGAGUACAUGGCCGAGGGGAUCCCCCUGACACCCAUCUUCACGGACACCGUGACAUUCCGGAUUGCACCGUGGAUCAUGACCCCCAACAUCCUGCCUCCCGUGUCGGUGUUUGUAUGCUGCAUGAAGGACAACUACCUAUUCCUGAAGGAGGUGAAGAAUCUGGUGGAGAAAACCAAUUGCGAACUGAAGGUCUGCUUCCAGUACAUGAACCGCGGCGACCGCUGGAUUCAGGACGAAAUUGAGUUUGGCUACAUCGAGGCCCCCCACAAAGGCUUCCCUGUGGUGCUGGACUCCCCCCGGGACGGGAACCUGAAGGACUUCCCGGUGAAGCAGCUCCUGGGCCCGGAUUUCGGCUACGUGACCUGGGAGCCCCUCUUCGAGCCUGUCACCAGUCUGGAUUCCUUUGGGAACCUGGAGGUCAGCCCCCCAGUGACUGUGAACGGCAAGUCGUACCCCCUCGGACGGAUCCUCAUCGGCAGCAGCUUUCCUCUGUCCGGCGGGCGGCGGAUGACCAAGGUGGUGCGCGACUUCCUGCAGGCCCAGCAGGUGCAGGCGCCCGUGGAACUCUACUCGGACUGGCUGACCGUGGGCCACGUGGAUGAGUUCAUGACCUUCAUCCCCAUCCCAGGCACAAAGGAAUUCCGGUUGCUCAUGGCCAGCACCUCAGCCUGCUACAAGCUCUUCCGGGAGAAGCAGAAGGAGGGCCACGGGGAGGCCAUCAUGUUCAAAGGUUUGGGCGGCAUGAGCAGCAAGCGGAUCACCAUCAACAAGAUCCUGUCCAACGAGAGUCUGGUGCAGGAGAACCUGUACUUCCAGCGCUGCCUGGACUGGAAUCGUGACAUCCUCAAGAAGGAGCUGGGACUGACGGAGCAGGACAUCAUCGACCUGCCUGCUCUGUUCAAGAUGGAUGAGGACCGCCAGGCCAGAGCCUUCUUCCCAAAUAUGGUGAACAUGAUCGUGCUGGACAAGGACCUGGGCAUCCCCAAGCCGUUCGGGCCCCAGGUGGAGGAGGAGUGCUGCCUGGAGAUGCACGUGCGCGCCCUGCUGGAGCCCCUGGGCCUCACCUGCACCUUCAUCGACGACAUCUCCGCCUACCACAAGUUCCUGGGCGAGGUGCACUGCGGCACCAACGUCCGCAGGAAGCCCUUCGCCUUCAAGUGGUGGCACAUGGUGCCCUGACCUGAGGGGGCCCCGGAGCGUCCCUCCUCCCGGAGUCCUCCAGGCCGCUCGCACCCCGCAGGCCCUUCCCCUGCCUGACCUGACUGGGUGGUCCCCCUGGGAGACCUACGGGGAGCAGGGUGAGAUUUGGGGUACCUGUACCUUGCCCUCCCUGGGAAGGGCCUCGGUGUCCACUGAAGCCACCCCCAGUGGCUUCACCUUGGUCCCACCUGAAAGUAGCUGGGCAUUUGACCACGCUCUCUGGAGGCCUGGCGUGAGAAACAAACCCCCCCCAAAAAAAACCAUCCCCAAGAAUUUCUAGUCUCGGUUUCAAAUUGGAAGGAGAGUCUGGGCUCACGGGCUCUUCCAGAAGCCAAGCCCUGAAGUUCAAGGUGGAGCACAUGGAAGGGCACCCCAGGUCCUAGACCAACCUGGGACUGCACCCUUAUUUCAAAUUCGCCUCCCUCAGCGUCUCCAGGUGGCCACCUCCCGUCCAUUCCUUACCACCUCUCAGCCCUCUUGGCUUUCUCUCUGCAAUGCAGACGCCAGAGCCCUCCUUGCUCCCUGAGGGCCCAGGAAUGUAGCCCAGAACCUUCCCUGGACACCCAUCUUAUCACAGCUGGUUUCUCCACUUGCUCCUCUUGCUCCCCAGGGGACUGGGCUCCCUCUCCCCAGACCAGCAUCCCUGAGCCUGAGUUCGGCGUCUAAAGGUGCCCAGUCAACUCCCUCCACCUUCUCCUGCCUGGUCCUCGAGUCUCUUCAGUCUCCAACCUCCCUCCCCCCACCAACUCAGGUCCCGUUGCUCCUACUACUGUCAACUAGACGCCGGCUUCUUUACCACCAGCCAGAUUCAGACCUUCCCUAGGGCAUUAGAAACAAUCCACCCCUCCUCCUAGACCCCAGACCCAACACAGAAGGACCCUGGCCUCACCUCCAACACAAACAGCCCAUUCUAGGUCAGCCGCUGGCCUUCAAAGUGGACAGAUUAUCCCGCUAAAAUUCACCCGUGUGUUUGCCAAAGACUCACCCAGUGAGAUAAAUCCCAAUAAAUUCCCUGCCUCCAAUGAAAAGAGUUAACUUCAGCUUUAAAAAAGCUCCUUUAGAACCAGGAGCAUAAGUAAAUUAUAAUUUCGUUUUGAAGGUUAAAAAAAAAAAAGAACUAUUUUGUAACCAAUGAACACGUUGUUCAUAAAUCUGUGUUCUUGGGGAACAG